CAUCUUGUCUCUGCUAAUCGCAAAACUUCCCCCCCAGCCCCCCUAAAAGCAGGGUGACAUUGAAAAAGUUUAUUCCCGCGCUGACUGGUGAAUGAAUCCUAAGAAGGAGAAUGAUUAACGAAAAUUGCGGUGAGUGUAAUUAUUAUGAUUUCUCAGUGGGUUGGUCAUGUCGAGCUCAAUCUUACUACAUUGGAUUCUUGGAAGGGUUGUCAUGGCUUUUUGGGUGCUUUAAUCCAUUGAAUAGCUUAUUGCAUUCUUCUGUCGGAAGAACUCGUUUCAGCGCAGAGUGGAAGCAUCAAAGCAAGCUUAGUAAGCAUCAAUGAUUGAAAAGGAAAUCUAACAAGCAUCAGAACAAUAAGGAUCUCCAUACAUGGGAUAGAGUGAGAGGUUGAGGAGAAGGUGCAGCUUACUUUACUCUUAACUGUGCUAGAAAACUAACUACUGCAGGCAAAGGAUAGUGCAUAUAUACAUGAUAGAGGCAAACUAGAGAAAAUUGUUUCUUUUGAAGAAGAGUUGGCUAAAACUAAAAUUGAGAUUGGAGAUACAAUGAAAGCACAAGAAAGACCGAAGAUCAUGGAGAUAGAAACAAUACAGUUGAAAAGUGGACUGGAUGACUCUCGAUCCAAAAUUAUACAACCUGAACAGAAUCUAACAUUGUCAGGUAAGAAAGUAGAUGAUCUGACAACAAAUGUUCCAGCCUGGAGAGAAAAGGAAGAAGCAUUGCAGGAACAACUUGCAGCUGCUGAGUUCAGGGUAAAAAUAGCAGAAGAGAAAUUUAACAUGCAAACUGAGCUUCUACAAAAGGAAAUAAGAAUGAGGGCAAUGAAGGACGAUGAGUUAAAUGAUGGAAGAGCUACAUUUGAUAAACAAGAAAUAGAUGUCACCCAUUUGUCAAAGAAGUUGCAAGAUCUAGAGCGUCAGUCCAAAUCAUCUCACGGUAAAUUUGAGGAUCAAGAAAAACUGGUUAAGCUAAAACCUGAAAUAUUUCUCAAUGAAAUCAAAGGAACUUCAAAAUUUGAUGAGAAGUUAUCUGGAAUAGCUGAACCAAGGACAAAUCAAGUUGUACAUAUCAUAACUACUCUCCAAGAAGAUCCCUCAGGGUUUCCAGGAAGUUCUUUUCCAGGUGAGCAAACACAUGAUGUUGUGAAACAAGUGAAAACAAAUGUGUACAUGCCACAAAAAGAACUGAAUCAGUCUCAAGAACAAAUAUCUGAGUUGGAAUCGUGUUUGAACUCAGUUGAAGUUUGUAUGGAUUCCAAAGAUAAAUUGGCUGCUGUUGAAUUAGAAUUGAAAAGUGCUCUACUAAGAGAAAUUGAUCAUCAGAAUAAGCUGAGGGUUUAUGAAGAACAAUUGAUGGUGAAAGAAAGUAUUAUAAACCAAACAACAAUUAGAUGCAUGGAACUCGAAGAGCUACUUGAAUCACAAGCCAAAGAAACAGAAAUGAAGUUCCAAGAGGCAAAAGAAGCCUUUAUGUCUGCAGUUACAGCAGCUAAGAGACUUCAUGAGAAGUUAAGGCCACUCGAAAUGCAAGGGAAUCAAUCUGAGAACGAAGCAGAACAAACAACUUCAUCAGCUGCUGGCAAUCAGGUAAAUGGAUUGGUUGGAAAAAUGCAUGAUACUGCAAGAAGCUUUCUUUAUUUUAGAAAUAAGACGAAUAGAAUGCUGGAAGAUCAAAAUGUCUUUGCCCAUGAUGCAAGGACUAGUCAAAGACAAAGUUAUUUCCAACCUUUGGGUUUUAGUUUAAAUUUUGUAUUAGGAGUUGCUCUACUCUCUAUAGUUAUAGGCUUUGUUAUUGGAAAGCAUUAGAAUCUUUAUCUUCGAAUAGAAGGAUGGUGUGAAACAAAAAUUGCUUCUUUUCAACAUAGGUUAUUAAGUUUUAUCAGUUUGAUCAUAGAAAAAUCUUAUGUUCUUAUGUUAGAAAUCGGCCUUUCUUGAUA